GAUUACUUCCGCGUGACCAAUAUCUUUCGCAUUUUCGCCGUGGCGUACGUCUUACUGGUAAUCAGGGUUGUCAAGCGUCUUCUGCGUCGUUUAUCCCCCAGGUGCUGGCAAAGGAGUCCUACCACACAGUACCGCCUGCGAUGGUCGAGGCAGAGCCUCCGUCGAUGCCGCAGUGGCUGGCUUCCACUAUCCGUGGCUCCCUCAACCCACCACAAGCUCAAGCAGAAUUUGUCGAAAGAAUUUCAAGGCCUGUGAGAAACGACGACGCCCUGGUGUCUCCCGAGUCGAGGAAGCGUCCCUACCAAUCGCCAACGCCGUCUCCACUACCCCAACAUUCGAAGAAGCGUCCCUAUCAAUCGCCAACGCCGUCUCCACUACCUCAACGUCUGGAAAGGUCUAUGCCGAAACGCAAUGUCCCGACCUCGUCAGUUUCACGCAGUGGUCACGGAGUGUCUGCAUACACAUUCAAUGACGAUCCUGACGCGAACUGGAGCACGAUCACGAAACCCGAGAAGAAAAAGAGUAAGACGUUCAAGCACGGUAAUAUGGGCUCUGGAAUAUUCCGUCUUCCCGGUAUUGCUGUCGGGAAUCCAAAGGGUCGGAGUACAGGCGUGACACAGACAGAGAAGAAGUGCGUCACUCAGACAAAGAGCCGUGUUAUCACGUACCUCCCACCGCCCCCACUGCAGCGUACUGUAGCACGCAAGGAAAAUCCGCCCCAGGUCGGAGAACGAUAUGCUCCCGACGACGACGCAUUCCCCGUGCCAAUCGCUCAACCUCCACAAGAGAGUGGUCCUGCAUCUCCCCUACUACAACCCGACUCUGAUGAUUUAACAUUGGUGGGUGAGGUGGACGAGCAAGUUUUCGCUUUUGAUAUUGGGGGGGUGGAGGCCCGGUAUCCCAAGAUUCGUAAGCUCAUUAAAGAGAAUCGCGUUAGGCUUCCGGAGCUGCUCGGUCUUCCGAGUUGUGGUAUCGUAUGGCGGGACGAGGAGGUCGCAGGCGUUGACGACGGUGGAUCUGGGAAUAGAGAAAUCAAGAUAAACAUUUGGCCUUGCGGCGGAUGA